AUGUGUGGGCCUAGAGUGGAGCUAGGUCCGAGGUUGUUAACCGAGAUACUCGGAAAUCUCACCGCACGGUGUCGAGUGGGCAGAAAUGCCGGCCGGUUCGACAGUUUGCGUCGAUCGACCCUGCGUGCCGGUUCGGUAAGUGUGAUGGAUCCCGGCUAUGUACUAAUCGACGAACACAGCUCGGUGGAGGAGCUGAUCCGGCACAUCUCGAAACGGGCAAUGACCAGCGAACCGCUGAACGUGCUCAACCUGGAUGAUAUCGUGAGCAAGCAUCGCAACUGGCAGCAACUUCUACCGACCGUAGCCCCGUUCUACGCGGUAAAAUGUAACAGCCAUCCGGCCAUCUUACGACUGCUUGUGGCGCUCGGUUGUGGAUUUGAUUGUGCCUCGAGGGUGGAGCUGGAAACCGUUCUCGGGUUGGGUGUUACACCGGAUCGUAUCGUGUACGCCAAUCCCAACAAAUCCAUCGGCUCCAUCCUGUACGCAAAGCAGACCGCCGUGAAACGGAUGACGUUCGAUGGUGCUGAUGAGUUGGACAAGAUAGCGCAGUACUUCCCAGAAGCAGAGCUCAUACUACGGAUACGGCACGAUGCACGCGUGGCACAGCUGUCGCUGGGACGAAAGUUUGGCUGUGAUCCCGAUCGAGACGCACGAUCAUUGCUGCACCAUGCCAAAGCGCGGGGAUUGCGUGUGGUUGGUGUCAGCUUCCAUGUCGGGUCGGGCAGCAUGGACGCUGAGUGUUUUUACGGCGGCAUAAGGAAGGCCAUGGAAAUCGUCGACAUGGGCAGAUCGAUCGGGAUGGAGCUGCACCUGCUGGACAUUGGUGGAGGUUAUCCCGGUGCGGAUGGGGAGCAUUUUCUGCAGUGCACACACCACAUUAACAAAGCGCUAGACGAGUUUGUCCGCUCGCGAACCGGACCGAUCACAGUAAUAGCCGAACCGGGCAGAUAUUACGUAGAGUCUGCCGUCACUGCACUGGUGAAUGUGGUGGCGAAAUCGUACGACAAGGACACCGCGGGAGGUUUGCUGCGCGUGAGAUACUACGUGGACGAUGGGCUGUACGACUCGUUCGAUUGGUGUGACGCGCAUACCAAUACGCCGGUGGUACCGGAGGAUAAACGUGGCGCGGCGUGCGUACGAUCGGUGAUCUACGGUCGUACCAUGUGCGAGCAUGAUGUAAUUCGUGAGGAAAUUUUCCUGCCCGAGCAUGAGAUUGGCGAUUGUCUCAUUUUUCACAACAAGGGCGCGUACGGUAAGCUGCUGGGCCGGGGACAUAAUGGUUUCACGCCGUCCAGCGUGAAGGUGUGUCUGACGAGAGGAACGCUUAAUUAUAUAUGUGCGGCAGCGGUUAAAGCAGCACGUGGAUAG